GCAACUGAUGAGAUUCCUAUCCCACAGCUGACUGCGUACCCAACCUGGACAGAGUUUUUCCCAAACGAACAAAUCACCAUGCAAUGUGGACUUGAAAGCAGUUCUGACAGCUGGUCCUUUGAAUGGACCAAAAAUGGUGACACAAUUAGCACAAACCCUACUUUAACCAUCACAGCAAAGAGUUCAUCUGAUUCUGGACAAUAUGCAUGUAAGGGAAAACUUAAUGGCAGAUCAGUUAUUACCCAACAGAGUGAUAUAUUUCAACUUAACGUAAGAGAGAUUCCUAUUCCAAAGCUGACUGCAAAACCAACCUGGAAAGAGUUUUUCCCAAAUGAGCAAAUCACCAUGCAGUGUGGAUUUGGAAGCAGUUCUGAUGGCUGGUCCUUUGAAUGGACCAAGAAUGGCAAACAAAUUAAAACAAACCCUACUUUAACCAUCACAGCAAAGAGUUCUGACUCUGGAAGAUUUGCAUGUAAAGGAAAACUUAAUGGAAGAUCAGUUGUUACCCAACGGAGUGAUGUAUUUCAACUAAACGUCAAACAGACUCCUACCCCAAAGCUGACUGCGAAUCCAACCUGGAAAGAGUUUUUCCCAAAUGAGCAAAUCAUCAUGCAGUGUGGAUUUGGAAAAAGUUCUGAUGGCUGGUCCUUUGAAUGGACCAAGAAUGGCAAACAAAUUAAAACAAAUCCUACUUUAACCAUCACAGCAAAGAGUUCUGACUCUGGAGUAUAUGCAUGUAAAGGAAAACUUAAUGGCAGAUCAGUUAGUACCCAACAGAGUAAUGUAUUUCAACUAAACGUAAGAGAGAUUCCUAUCCCAAAUCUGGAUGUGAAUCCAACCUGGACAGAGUUUUUCCCAAACGAACAAAUCACCAUGCAAUGUGGAUUUGGAAGCAGUUCUGAUGGCUGGUCCUUUGAAUGGACCAAAAAUGGCAAAACAAUUAAAACAAACCCUACUCUAACAAUAACAGCAAAGAGUUCUGACUCUAGACAAUAUGCAUGUAAAGGAAAACUAAAUGGCAGAUCAGUUGUUACCCAACAUAGUAAUGUAUUUCAACUAAACGUAAGAGAGACUCCUAUCCCAAAGCUGACUGCAAAUCCAACCUGGAAAGAGUUUUUCCCAAAUGAACAAAUCACCAUGCAGUGUGGAUUUGGAAGCAGUUCUGACGGCUGGUCCUUUGAAUGGACCAAAAAUGGCAAACAAAUUAAAACAAACCCUACUUUAACCAUCACAGCAAAGAGUUCUGACUCUGGACAAUAUGCUUGUAAAGGAAAACUUAAUGGCAGAUCAGUUGUUACCCAACAGAGUGAUGUAUUUCAACUAAACGUAAAAGAGACUCCUAUCCCAAAGCUAACCGUGGAUCCAACCUGGAAAGAGUUUUUCCCAAAUGAGCGAAUCACCAUGCAGUGUGGAUUUGAAAGCAGUUCUGACGGCUGGUCCUUUGAAUGGACCAAAAAUGGUGACACAAUUAAAACAAACCCUACUUUAACCAUCACAGCAAAGAGUUCUGACUCUGGACAAUAUGCUUGUAAAGGAAAACUUAAUGACAGAUCAGUUGUUACCCAACAGAGUAAUGUAUUUCAACUAAACGUAAAAGAUUCCACGCCUAAACCAACCAUAGAACAAGAGCCAUCAUUUGAGUUUUCCUACACUGGUGAACAAGUCCAGCUUACUUGUGACAUGCCAGGUGCCGCAUGGGAAUAUUAUUGGUACAAAGACUCAAAGCCAACAAAACCUACUGCAAAUAAAAAUUAUAUUAUUAAUUCAGCAUCGGUCCAUGACACUGGUGACUAUCACUGCGAAGCAAAGAGACGUGACUUCUCAAUCAAAAGUAAGGGGGAAAAAGUGCAAGUUAAAGCUCUUUCAGCAGCUUCACUGAACCUGGUCACUGAAUUGAGUGACAUCAUCGCUGGAAAUAUCCUGACACUGAAUUGUGAGGUGUUAGAUGAUAAAACCUGGAAUUACACCUGGUUUGAGAACAAUCAGGAGCUGAAUGAAUCUUCAAGUACAUUAAAGGUCAAAUCAACCGAAGAAACUAUUAAAAAUGAAUUUAAAUGCAGAGGGAAAAGGACAGAACGACCGCUGUACUCCUCUUUGAGUGAUCCGUUCAUGGUAGAUAACAUUUUGUUCAAAAGAAAAAUACUGCUGGCCAUUUCAGGCUGUUUUGUCUGCUGUUUUGUCAUCUUGAUCAUUGGAUGCAUCGUACUGAAGAUCACUUGUAAACCAGAGAAGAAAGAGCCAGUUCAUGAAGACUUGUUUAUCUCACUAGCAGAUUCCAAGAACCAAACUACUUCGCCCUUGAUGGAGUACAUGGACAAAAAACCAUUAGAAAAAGAAUCUGAGGAAAAAGAGGAACUGCAGCUGGAUCGUAUUUCAGUUACUCAUGUUGAUGGUAUGAUAAUGGGUGACGAUUCACCAUCAGCAGAAACUAAUGGCCUAACAUCCUUUAAAGCAAUCUAAAGCAUUUUGUCAAUGAUCAACAUCAAGACGAAGCUUCUCUCUUUUCUACUAAAGCAGUUAAAGUAGCACGUGCAUUAUUAAUAAAACUGCAUUAUGUAUUACAGCAUAGCACUUUGUCUAAGAGCAAUUGCACUUUUAUAUACACAAGUGCUGAAUAAAUGCUUUUGUUUAAGACUAUACAUUUUUUAUAUUAACCGCAGUGCUAUUUACGGUGGACCAAUCUUGCACAACACAAAGAAAAUGUAAAAAGCAAACACAAGUUCACAACACUACGAAAUAAAGCCACAACAUAACGGAAACGCCCCUGACCAUUAGGGGGCACUAUAAAAAUUAAUCACGUCUGUCUAAUAUAGGGGUGGCAAACGUUU